UGGUCUCUGUCGCAGGUGGAGUCACCACCUUCGUGGCCCUCUACGACUAUGAGUCUCGGACCGAAACAGACUUGUCCUUCAAGAAAGGCGAGCGCCUACAAAUCGUCAACAACACAAAAGUGGACGUCAGGGAAGGUGACUGGUGGCUGGCUCAUUCCCUCACUACAGGACAGACGGGCUACAUCCCCAGUAACUAUGUCGCGCCCUCAGACUCCAUCCAGGCUGAAGAGUGGUAUUUUGGGAAGAUCACUCGCCGGGAGUCCGAGCGGCUGCUGCUCAACCCUGAAAACCCCCGAGGGACCUUCCUGGUCCGGGAGAGCGAGACCACGAAAGUGGGCGGUCUCCUGGAGACCCUCCACCUCUGUGCCAGCCAGGCUGUUGGCAAGCUGGUGGCCUAUUACUCCAAACACGCCGAUGGCUUGUGCCACCGUCUCACCAACGUCUGCCCCACGUCCAAGCCCCAGACCCAAGGCCUUGCCAAGGACGCCUGGGAAAUCCCCCGGGAAUCACUGCGGCUGGAGGUGAAGCUGGGCCAGCGGGUGGCGAUCAAGACGCUGAAGCCUGGCACCAUGUCCCCGGAGGCCUUCCUGCAGGAAGCCCAGGUCAUGAAGAAGCUCCGACACGAGAAGCUGGUUCAGCUCUACGCUGUGGUUUCAGAGGAGCCCAUUUAUAUUGUCACCGAGUACAUGAGCAAGGGGAGCCUCCUGGACUUCCUGAAGGGCGAGAUGGGCAAGUACCUGCGGCUGCCCCAGCUUGUGGAUAUGGCGGCUCAGAUUGCAUCUGGCAUGGCCUACGUGGAGAGGAUGAACUAUGUCCAUCGGGACCUCCGGGCAGCCAACAUCCUCGUGGGGGAGAACCUGGUGUGCAAAGUGGCUGACUUCGGCUUGGCACGCCUCAUCGAGGACAACGAGUACACUGCUCGGCAAGGUGCGAAGUUCCCUAUCAAGUGGACGGCCCCCGAAGCUGCUCUGUACGGCAGGUUUACCAUCAAGUCGGAUGUCUGGUCCUUUGGCAUCCUUUUGACUGAGCUGACCACCAAGGGCAGAGUGCCAUAUCCAGGGAUGGUGAAUCGGGAGGUGCUGGACCAGGUGGAGCGGGGGUACCGCAUGCCCUGCCCGCCCGAGUGCCCCGAGUCCCUGCACGACCUCAUGUGCCAGUGCUGGCGGAAGGAUCCGGAGGAGCGACCCACCUUCGAGUACCUGCAGGCUUUCCUGGAGGACUACUUCACCUCGACAGAGCCCCAGUACCAGCCUGGCGAGAACCUAUAG